AUGUCUGGCCUCGAGAUCAUUGGUGUUGCAGCCAGUAUCAUACAGGUCGCAGACUUAGGCACUUCCCUAUCCGUCAAACUGUUCUCCUUUUACCGACGAGUCAAAAAUGCAAACGAAACUAUACAGCUCCUGUCAAACGAGGUCGCACUUAUCAGUGCCAUUCUGCGUGAGCUGGGUGAUAGCUUGAAAGGGGGGGAAUCCUCUAAGCUCUGUUCAGAUGAGGCCUUUCAAACACUGAAGUGUGUUCUAGAGCAAUGUCGCGAUGUGCUUCAACAGAUCGAAAAAGUUGUCGAUAUCAAUGAUCAGUCUGGCAAAAGCCGUUUGCAACAGGUUACUGGGAAAUUUAAGCUCGUUUUACUAGAACCGAGCCUAGAUCCCCUGAAAGCCGACUUGGAAAGGCUCAAAUCAACAAUGCUGCUUCUGCUCAAUGUUAUUAUGUUUGCUGGGAAGGUUCGCAACCAUGAUAUACCGAAUAAUCAAGAGCAGCGUGCUUUGAUAGAGACACUAUUACGAGACAAACAACUUGAAAAGAAUGGCGAAAACUGUUCUCCGCCGAAAUAUCAACAGACUCAGCAUAUGCUCGACUCGAAAAUGCCGGGAGAAGAACCCCCAAAACCAAAUCCAUUCCAAGAAGGCGAGUUCGCCGAGGUGAAUGAGUAUAACGCACUGAUUCGGAAAAUGUUGCAUGAAAUUGAUUUCUGCAAAUCAAAACUCGAGAACAGCCGCUGUUCAAGAAUAAGAAAAGGUGUUCUGAGUAUACAUGACAGCGAGAUUAUUCGAUUCCAACUCACUCAUGGUCAUUCUGUUCUCCGUCAUUUUGACAAAUCACUAUUGAUCGACGAGAACGACAGCUCGGAAAGUCCAAGGGUUCACACUGCCUUGCCUGUGGCCCUCCCGGAUGAUAUUCAUAACUUGCUGUCCAAGGAAGGUCCAUCACAAACUGCAAACCAGCAUCAAUCGACCUCUAUCGACGUAUUGACGGUAAAACCGAAGAAAUGGGUUCUCGUGACCUUGGAUGGCUUGAACUUUCGUCUAGUCAACAUAUCCGAUAUUCCUUCAGUUGAGAAUUUACGUGCAAUGAUCUGUCAAAAUCUCGGGAUUUCCGACUGGGCUAGUGCGCAAAUCUCCCUCGCUGAGCCCGGUCAACCCGAACAUGGAGAGCCCAUGAGUGAUGCCAACCUGGCAUAUUGUUGUCAGAUAAAAUCGGAUUCUGGCGCUCCCUUGAAGCUGUUCGUGCGAGGAAAUUCCCGAUUCCACGGUCUAGGUUUGUCAAUGGCGGAGGCGCCCUGGAUGUAUCCAACAGCAGCGCACGAACAUGUCCUUAGCAAACCGCUAGGGGAAGAAGCCCUCUCGAGGAUUGAAAAUCCACCCAGACUACGUUCACCCGUAUUGAUCUCCCGACAAACGAUGGGUAAAGCUUCCUCAGUCAAGACACCCCCUACCGACAACGUGCAGGAGUCCAGCAAGUUACAGAACUCUCUAAAAUCGGGUUGGCUCUCUCGCAACGAGUCUGAACUACUCGAGAUUGAGCGGAAGCACAAGGCACAAUAUCUCUCUGAUAAGAAAAACGCUUAUGGUGAGAGUAGCUAUAAGCACACAGAGGUCAUUGAAAACAAGCCCGGCUCACCGACUGCGCCGAACGAGUCAACGACCCCCAGCAGACCCGCCUCCCCGGGUCAAGGACCAGUUCACAGUGACUAUCCUCGGGUCCAGUUAACGGUUCCAACACAUGGCCUGGAAUCUGAACUUGCCAAUAUGGACCGAACGAAUAAUGCCACCGGCGCAUCACUGCCUGCUCCUUUCCCGUCAUCUACCAACCGAGAGGAUGCUAUCUCGGAGCCUGACCAGUCUGCUGCACUUUAUUCUCCUGUAUCAGCCGCUUAUUCUCCUGCCUCGCCCGCUUAUUCCCCUAUGUCACCCUCCUACUCUCCUACCUCACCCGCUUUUUCCCCUGUAUCGCCCUCCUAUUCUCCGGCGUCGCCAUCUUAUUCUCCUGUAUCACCCUCAAACGGAAAGCUUGGUCGCUCUCCUGCGCUUUAUUCUCUUCGGUCUCGAGAACAGUCUGGAGAAGAGUCUGAUGAAGAAGCAGAUGAAAACUCUCAUACUGAUCCUCCCUCGGCGAUGAACAAACUGAUCGCGCUACCAGAGAGCUUUGAAGACUUAAUCUUGCGCUGGACCAAGCUUGGGCUGAAUGAGAUUGAAGCACUCUGA